AUGGUAAACGAAGACAAGAAGACCAACAUCCUUCUCUUCGGCCUCGGCGCCAUAGGAUCCUUCUACGCCUUCAUCCUCUCCCGCAACCAGAACGUCUCACUCAGCGUCAUCGCCCGCUCAAACUACGAUGCAGUCAAGCAGAAUGGCCUCGAGAUCAAGAGUGCGAUCCACGGCGAGCACACUGUCAAGAUCGAUCACGUACUUCGCUCGCCCUCCGAAGCAAGCACAAAGUUCGACUACAUAGUCCUCGCCCACAAAUCCAUCAACCCGGGAUCCAUACCGCCACUUUUUCGGGAAGUGGGUGACGAUAGAACGACAUUCGUCAUAAUCCAAAACGGCGUAGGAAACGAAGAUCCCUUCCAUACCCUGUAUCCUAACAAUGCGAUCGUUUCCUGCGUGACCUGGACAGGUGCCGUACAGAAUUCUCCUGGUGUGAUAGAACACAAUUCCAACGAAGAUAUGCAAAUCGGACUCUGCCCCACUCCCACCUCGUCUUCUGAUCCAAGGCAGGCUCGACUGGACCGAUUCGCGGAGUUGUUGAGGAAUGGUGGGACGAAGUUUAAUUUUGAGGCUGAUGUACAGAUCAAGCGCUGGGAAAAGGUCGUAUGGAACGCAGCGUGGAACCCCUUAACGACGUUGACGGGAGCGCCGGUGCAAGAUUUCUUAAAUGCAACGCCUGAAGCGCUGGUUAUGACGAAGCAAUUGAUGCAGGAGGUGAUAUCAGUAGCACAGCGUUGCGGCGUCCCUCUCAAGGAAGGGUUAGCAGAGGAAUUGAUCGACAAGGUCAUGGCGAUGCAGACACCGAUCUUCAGCAGUAUGUACCAGGAUGCGAAGGAAGGGAGACCAUUGGAGGUGGAUGUUAUCUUGGGAACGCCGAUGAGGAGGGCGAAAGAGUUGGGGAUGGAGGACAAGGUGCCGGUUCUAAGGGCGAUAUAUGCGAUGACUAUGGCUGUGAAUGGGAGGUUGUCUAGGUGA